CUGCAGCGCCCCACCACGCCGCGCACGCUCCCCAGCCUGGCGGCGGGGCGCCUGGCCUGGCAGUCUCAGUCCAAACUCUUACCCGAGCGCACCGCGACCGGCCCGCAUACGCAGUCCCAAGUAGUCUCCAGAGAUCACCCACCAUGCGUCCCCUGCUGAUCGGCGUGGUGCUGGCGCUGUGCCUCUCGGCGCACCUGUCGCACGCAGCCCCAGCAGGCACGGAGCUGGCGGCAGAACAUCAGGAGACUCUGGAGACCUUACAUCUGGGCGAGCCUGGGUCGGACGACACGACGGUGAGGGACAAGAGGACCAUCGGACCGUUGAGGCAGCUCUUCCCCGGCCUUUCACAGAUAGUCGAUAGAAAAAUCCAGCAGAUCACCCGGUCGCUGUUUCGGGUGAUCGGCCGGCUAGUCCUGGGCGGCGGAGGCGGCGGCGGCGGCAACAGCGCCACGGCGGGCGCCUCGUCGUCGUCCUCGUCGGGCCGCAAGGUGUCCAUCACGCUGCCGACGUACCCGCCCGGCGAAGACGACGAAGACGAGGAUGAAGACGAAGACUCGACGCAAGCCGCGUCCACGGCCAGCCCCUCGGACGAGUCCAGUACGCCGGCUGAAACAGAGAACCAGCUCGCCGGGGCCGAGUCGCAGGUCAGCGAGGUUCGCGUGCCGCUCGACGACAAGCCCAACCUUCAGCCGGCCGAGGACGAGGAAGAGGACCUGAAGCCGGCGGCGAGUGGAGAUAACCUGGACGAGGGCGCCGCCGACCUGGAGAACGAGGCUGACGGCGCAGUCGAGGACGAGAACAGGAACAAGCGCUUCCUGCCCUUUAACCUGAACGGUGCGGCUGCGGGCGGCGGCUCCGGCGGCGGCUCCGGCGGCGGCUCCGGCAACUUCCUCUUUGACAUUAUCCGGCUCAUCGCCGGCUCCGGCACGACCCAGGCGCAAGACGAGGCUGAGAACGCUCCUCUCGACGGAUCGACCUCGUCGGCGGGGGCCUCGGCCAGCGCGUCGGCCGGCGCGGAGGGCAAGGACGACGGUUACCAAGAGGGUGUCCCCGGCCCCAUCACCAGGCUGUUCGUCAUCGCCAACCGAGGCAUCGCCAACCUCGUGCAGGACCUCAUCCUGCGUCUCGCCCAGACCAGCGAGAGGUUAGUCAACUUCAAGGCGCGACUCAUCACCUCCAUCAUCUAAGGCGACUUAGACGUGCAGCCCGCGCUCCCGGCCGCGCUCCGGCCGCACCCGCCACCCUGCUGGACCAGGCCGCACCACCAUCGGGGCGUCGCCGAACGGAGUGACGCCGCUGGAUGCCCCACCGGCCUGCCCACAGGAUGCUCAAAGGACGCCCAUAGGACGCUGAAAGGACGCCCAUAGGACGCUCAAAGGACGCCCACAGGACGACCAUAGGACACUCAUAGGGCACCCAUAGGACACCCAUAGGGCCUCCUCGCGGCCGGGAAGCGCUGCUGCUAGUAAAAUGAAACGAUAUAAAGCGUAUCUUUGAUUUGCGACAAUACGGCUUGCUGGGGGGGUCCCGCGGCUCGCCCCCUCCAGGCAAGGGAUAAAUAUGUGAUAGAUCCGAGACAAGCAGUGGCGUCACUAAUUUGCUCAAAUUGAGCGAGUCGACGAGAAUACCUCGCGGUGACCAUUUUAUUUUCCUUGUCUUAUUUAUGAACCUUUUCCUUUUUGUAAUACGUCAAAUGGUUGUAUGUAUUCUGAGUCUCUGAUCUGGCGGUUCCUGGGAGUACAAAUGUAGUGGACCUCUGAGAAUAAGGAGAGAAGUUGGUUGACUUGUGUGUGGUUUCACCGCAGUAUCUUGAGUUAUCGCAUGGGGUCGAAACAAACUCCUUCACUCAACUCGUUAAAGAAAACAAAAGGUGGGUCACCGUAUGACCAACGACAUGACUGACCGGGGAAGAUAUUGUAGUGUAUUGUGUGGAUAGUGUAAUGCCUUUAGUUACCAUCCAGCAUGUUGUCACAAGACCAUUUGGAAACUCACCGAACGAAUGGUUCAUCGUAAGAAAAGGCGAUUUUCUGUCCCGAAGUUAGAUUUAUGAACGCGCUUGAAAUGGGGUUAUGUAUCUAAAAUUUCCGAGUGUUAGCCAUUCGUGUGAGUUUCUGACUGGUUCGCGUUCCCUGCGAAGUACUAUAGUGCACAUGCUCCUGCCCUUCUAUCGACAAAAUGUCUGUCAUAGGGAGCUUGUCGACUAUGGCAAGAAACCCCAAUCUUCAUUCAUCUAUUGUAAUUUUCUUUCAUCGGUUUCAUUGCUUCCUUUGACGAAGGAUGGAAGGUAGAACUCGUCACAAUUUGUGAUCACAAGUGUUAGGAGAAGCAUAUAGUGAUAGUGCCUCUCAAAGUCAAAAAUAUGUUACCACGUAAUCCUCAAGCAUCAUUUUAUUGCCCCACUGAUUCCAGUGUAGCCUUUCAUCUCUCCAAAGAAAUUUGUCAUCAGAUUAAGUUCAUGUAUUCAUCGCAGUUACAUUCUCUUUUAAUUCAAAACAUUCUCAAGUGCUUUAGUAGAAUGGUAUUUAUCAUUUAAUAUUUGUAAUUUUGUACAAUAUUUUCUACAUCCUUAAUAAAUUUGUGAUGAAUUUGCAGAAAGCAAGACUUGGAGGUCUUGCCCAGAUUUUUUCUUAUUUCAAAUGAGGAGCGGUUACAAUUAAGUCUAGGGUAUCUCAUGAAAUCAAUGUCAAAAUUAUUUAUACACGUAUUGGUACAUCAUGUUUCCUGUUUACUUUUUAUGGAUAGUUAUGAAAAUUUAUGUAUAUUUGAACUGACAUGGUGAAGUUUGUAAAUAGUAAAUAAUAAAACAAUUUUAGAAAAGAG